CUCAGACGUUGCUUAGUUGUCGCCCAGUGAAGAAGAGCGUGAUUGCGAACGCGCAAAGAGUAUUGAAUUCGAGAACUUGGCCGAAAUACAACAAUUAACAAGUGAAAUCCAAAAUAAACUAUUUUAUGCAAAUGCGAAUCUAAUAUAAAAUGUGGAAACUCCUGGUAAUCUGUGUGGUAAUGAGUGCCCUAAAUAGUGAAGCAGCCUCAGGGGCAUCCCGUCAGGCUUCGCGUCGUCGUCGUGCCUAUGCGGGAGGAUAUGCUGGUGGUUAUGCCAGUAGCGGAGGAGGUGCUGGUGGUUAUACUGGCUCCUAUAACAGUGCAGGCGGUGGCAUUGGACACAGCAGCUAUGUGGGCAAUGGCGGCUACAAUGACUAUGAUGAUUAUGGUGAUGCUGGAAUUGCACCCAAUUUUGGCAUAAUUGAUCCCUAUCUAUUCCAUCAGCAGUUGACAAAUCAUAUUUUGGCCCAGAAUUAUGCCAAUCAACAAGCUGUAACGGGUCUGGCCACGGCGGGUAAUGCUUAUGCAUCAGCUGAUGCAACCAUCGACAACGAUGACACUCGCAUUCAACAGCAAAUAGCUGCCCAGCAGGCUUACCAUGACAACUUAGUGCGUCAGAAUAGAUAUCGAGGUGGAAGUGGCAACUACGGAGGAGGCUCUUCCUCCUAUAAUACACAUCGUUAUGCCCCAAGCUAUGCAUCUGCAUCUGGAUCCAUUGGACCGAAUGGUUAUAGACAGACAGCAUACAUAAAUCCAGCCAAUCCGAACACUCCCAAUAUUGUGAAUCGUUUUGGAGGCUCUUCUUCUGGUGGAGGUGGCUACAGUAGCAGCUCCAGCUCCAGUUCCGGCGGUGGUGGUGGUGGUGGUGGUUACAAGGGUGUCUCCGUGUCCUCGUACAGUCAAAGCAAUGGCGACGGCACCAGUCGCCGUGGUGCCCAGACAACCGUCAAUGACAAUGGCAAGGUUACCUCAUACUCAGUCCACUCCUAAAUAUGCCGUCUGAAUGCAACUAGCCUCAGCUAGCAAAUGUUGUGAAUGGAUGUGUUAUAUAUACAAAUAAAUAAAAUAUAUAAAUACCUACUUAAUAUAAACGUA